GGUGCUGGUAUCCCGACGCGCGCCCAGGCCCGAGGUGUGCUUGCUGGGCGCCGCGCGCGCGCAGACCAGGCGCGGUGAACAGGGCCCAGCCCCGCUCGCCCCUACGGGCUACGACCCCGGCAUGAGGCCGAUGAGCCUUUCGGGAUCGGCGGGGCCCGCCGGGCCGCCCAUGUCCGCCUACCCGGCCGUGCCCACGCAGCGGCUGCUGUCGCCCGCGCGCGCGCCGCCCCCGGCCAUGGCGGCGGACCAGCCGAGGUACCGGGACGACUUCCGACACGGGGGCCGGGAGGUCCGGGCCCCCGGCCCCGCCUCGGGGGGCUGGGAGUCGAGGGCGCCGCGCCUGGAACAGGAGCGAUAUGCGGCACCGCCCACGCAGAGACUGGACGCCGACGACCAGUGCGACGACGAGUGCCUAGACGCGGACCACUGCGGUGCGGAGAACAGGCCCCCGAACCCGGAGAACCUCGUGUGCGGCAUGGACGUCCGGCCUCUGCUGCCCGUCGCGCUGGCCGUGUCCACCGUGCUGGGGGAACGGCGAGCUGAACCCGAUGCGCUACUGGUUGCGGAGGAUAUCAAAGACUAUGGGAGUAUGAUAGCACAGAUCCAGUGGCUCGGACGUGAGAGAGUCGACCUGAUGCGGCCGCGGGUGCGUCUGUACAAAGCGCGCCCUUCCUUCCCCAACCGUUGCUGAUGCGAUGCUAUGCCUGAAGAUCGCCCGACAUCUUAAGAGCACGGCCAGUCGGAGAAUCGUUGUCUGGCCCCACGACCCCGCUAGUGUUAUUUUUGCUGCCGUUUCGGAUGCUGGAGGCCCCGGUUCGGCUCGCAGGAAUUGUGGUCAGGGAGGGUGGAUGGUGUUCGCUGCCGAUGCUGCGAUCAGGCAGACAGAGCAAGCGCGUUCGAGUUUCUCUCCUCAGCUGGCGCUCAACUCGACUAAAGCGUGUGAUAGCUUCAACAGGAGCGGUCAGGACCACGGUGUGACUUGUCUCUCUCGGCUGCACUGGCCGAGGCUCAGUGGAUAUCCAUUCUGUUGCGCGACGCCCUGUUUGGUGACGUGCGCCGACCAGACUGGCACUGGUCACAGGCCCCUUUUUUUCAGUUGUGCUGAGCAAAGACUGCAUUCUCUCGGAUGGAGUCUCAUCCUUCUCCGUUGUCGAUGCAAAGUCGGUCUCGCCACUCUGCCGGGAGUCUGGCCUAUCGUUGUAAUGCCAUCGAACUGGCGGUUGCGCGCGACAGUUUGAGCACUUUCGGAUCGCAAGUAAGAUGGGUACCGCACGGAAGAACGGCAGCGGACUGUCUCACUAAGGCGGACCCUUCGCGAGGCAACCUCUCGCUGUGUGAUCUGUUGAC